AUGUCGGAGAAGGGGAGGUCACCCAACCUCCCCACUAUUACCUUUGCCCAAGAAGACGCAACAGGCAUCAUCCCGGGGCAUGAUGAUCCCAUGGUCAUUACCAUCAUACUCGCCAACACUAAUCUCCACCGAACGUUGGUAGACCAAGGGAGCUCCGCAGAUAUCUUGUUCAAAUCCGCCUUCGACAAACUCGGCCUGCAGGAUAAAGAGCUCAGAGCAUAUCCGAAUAGCUUGUUCGGCCUCGGAGACACCCCAAUUCAACCGUUAGGAUACAUCUCACUGCAUACAACCUUUGGAAAAGGAACUCGGUCAAGGACACUAAACAUAGACUACAUCAUAGUCAACGUGAGCUCGGCUUAUAACGCCCUUAUAGGUCGGACAACGCUGAAUCAGCUCGUCGCAGUAGUUUCCACUCCACAUCUGUGCAUGAAGUUCCCAACUCCAGAACGGAAUGCCACAACAAAAGGAGACCAAAGGCUUGCACGACGCUGUUACAAAAAAAUCGGGGAUGCUCAGGAGAAAACAACAAAUAUAGGGGCAACCUUGAAAGGAGACUUAAAAGGGCCACUGAUACAGUUCCUAAAGGAUAAUGCCGAUCUCUUUGCAUGGAAGGCCACAGACAUGCCCGAUAUAGAUCCCAAACUAAUGUGCCACAAACUAGUGAUAUACCCUGGAUCUCGACCCGUACAACAAAAGCGCAGGAAGCUUGGUCCAGAAAGGUCCCAAGUUGUGGAAGAGCAGUCAAUUGGCAGGUGGAGAAUGUGUACCGACUACACCGACCUCAAUAAGGCCUGCCCAAAAGAUAUCUACCCGCUCCCGAAUAUAGACACUCUAGUGGAUGCCUCUUUCAGAUACAAGUACUUCUCCUUCAUGGAUGCUUAUUCGGGAUACAACCAGAUCCUAAUGUACCUGCCCGACCAAGAGAAGACCUCGUUCCUAACCCCAAAGGCAAAUUAUUGCUACAUAGUCAUGCCGUUUGGACUAAAAAACACAGGAGCUACAUACCAAAGAUUGAUGAACAAAGUCUUUGCCGACCACAUCGGAAAGCUAAUGGAGGUUUAUGUAGACGACAUGCUGGUAAAAAUAAAAAGUGAGGAAUUGCUGUUAUCCGACCUCACCAAAGUGUUCAACACCAUAAGAAAGCAUGGUAUGCGACAUAAUCCCGCAAAGUGCACCUUCGCGGUAGAAGCUGGCGAAUUCCUGGGCUUCAUGCUCACCAAAAGAGGCAUUGAAGCAAACCCAGAUAAAUUCCAGGCUAUACUUCACAUGAAAAGUCUGACCUGCGUCAAAGAGGUACAACAGCUCAAUAGAAGACUAGCAGCCCUGUCCAAAUUUUUAGCUGGAUCAGCCAUAAGAUCUCUCCCCUUUUACGCAACAUUAAGGAAGGGAUAG